AUUGAGUACAAAUAGGAGGCGGUUCGCCUCUCGUUCUCAGGCCAGUCCUUACCAGAGACCAGCAGUCCUUCGCUUCCACCUCCAGUCCCGCCAUCAUCUCAGCCAGCUUCAUUCAAGAUGCAGAUCAAAGACCUCCUCACCGUUCUCGCGAUACCCGCCGUGGUUCUCUCAGCAGCUAUCCCCCAGGAUCCCACUGAGAUUCCCGACUGGGAGAAUGGUAGCCAGGAGGACAUUGUUGGUGGAUCAGCCGCAGCCGCUGGCGAAUUCCCCUUCAUUGUCUCCCUCCAGCGCAGCGGAAGCCACUUCUGUGGUGGAACACUUCUCAACGCCAACACUGUCCUCACUGCUGCUCACUGCGCGGUCGGACAGACAGCAUCCAGCCUCACCAUUCGCGCUGGCUCUUUGAGCCGUACCUCAGGUGGCGUUACCGCCCGCGUUUCUUCCAUCAAGGUCAACCCCGGCUACACCGCAUCUACCUACAACGGUGACCUUGCUAUCAUGAAGCUCGCCACCUCCAUCCCAACGAGCUCCACCAUCUCGUACGCUGUGCUUCCCGCAUCGGGAUCUGACCCUGCCGCCGGAACUACCCUUACCGUCGCUGGCUGGGGUACUACUUCGUCAGGCGGUCAAUCGCUCCCCACCAACCUCCUCAAGGUUGACGUACCUGUUGUCUCUCGCAGCUCUUGCCAGGCUUCUUACGGCACAUCGGCCGUCACCACUCAGAUGUUCUGCGCUGGUCUGACCCAGGGUGGUAAGGAUUCUUGCCAGGGUGACUCUGGCGGCCCUAUCGUCAACAAGUCCACCAAGGUCCUUGUCGGUGCUGUUUCCUGGGGUGAGGGCUGCGCUGCCCCCAACGCACCUGGUGUCUACGCCAACAUUGGUCAGGCUACGCUCCGUAGCUUCGUGGCUGCCAACUUGUAAGGUCUCGACACCUACCAAAGUUAGGGGUAGGAGGGAAGCUGGAAUUAGUAGUGAUGAUUGGGACGAAGCAUGAAGUGAUGGUCAAUGACGGACUUGGAUACUUUUCACAAAAUGGACAUCGUUCACUACACGCUUUUUUCCCUCUUGAUUCAACACUCAAGGAUCAGCAACAACAUAUAAGUCUAUCUUUGCCCGUCUUCUUCUUAGAGUGGUAAGCGAUGCAAGAAAACCCACCAGAUUUCCCGCAAAAUAUGCUCACAAUGCGUCCGGCGCAGUCAAGCCAAGGAGAUGCAGGCCGGGUUCU